GUUAUGACGGCGAGGGCCUCGUGUGGCGGUAGGGACGCCGUCGGGUGUAGGUCGUCGUGAGUUUAAGGAAGGCAUUUGUAACCUGAAACAGAGAACAACACUGCAUACCACAAGCUUACCAUGGUGCUCUCAGCCGAGCAGAAGAUCCUGCUGUAUGUGCCGAAUCUGAUCGGGUAUGUGCGCGUGGCAUGCCUGGCUGGCGCCUGGCAGUGUCGGCACGACCAGGCGUCGAUGCUGGUGCUGCUGUACGCCGCGCAGGCGGUGCUGGACGGCGUGGACGGCUGGGCGGCACGCCGUCUUGGCCAGUGCUCGUCGUUCGGCGCCUGGCUCGACGUGGUGGUGGACAACUUGGGCCGCAGCCUGCUCUGGUCGCUGGUGAGCGAGUGGGGCUGGCUGGUGGCCUCGCUCGAGUGGCUCUGCUUCGCCUGCAACAGCGGCGCCGGCAGCCGCUGGAAGGCUGAUAUCAUAGCGCGCGGUCCGCGCGUCUGCCGCCUGGUCAUGGCCGACGGCUUUAAGACGCGCUGGGGCGUGCUGGCCAUCAGCGGCCUGCAUGUGCUGCCCAUCUGGGUGCUGGGCUUGCAGCGUGGGGUGUGGGCCGGCCCGCUGGCCUGGGUACCGCGGCCGCUGGUGCUGGCCGGUCUGGCCGUGCUGGUGGUCGGGCGCCUGCUCUGCGCCUUGGUAGAACUGUGGUGCGUCUGGGCGCACGUGCGCGUCCUGCUGCGCCAAGACGCCGAACCGGUGGCGGAGUGAGUCCUCGGCGUCGCCUCCGUCGACCGUCCGGACGGACGCCGUCGUCGCCUCCGCCGGGACACCGUCCGGACACCGCCGCCGCCUCCGCCGGGACACCGCCCGGACGCCGCCGCCGCCUCCAUCGCUUCGAGCCAGAUGGCAGCCUGCUUCCUAAUGACUGAAGCUCUUGGAAAGGAUUACCCUGUGAUCUGGUACCUUGCGAGAAAAAGGGUUUUGCUCACUUCAGGGUCUUACAAUCAUCUGAAUGUUGGGUUUUUUUGGGGGGGGAGCAUUAUCAUGUCAUGCGUGCUGAGAGGAAUAAUCUAGAAGUUUGAAUAUUAUAAAUGCACGAUAAUGUGAGUAAGGAUUCUGCAUAUAUCUCCGGGAAACCGUACAAACUUUUUUGCGCCUGACUGCACUUUUGUGUGGAAAACGCAGUAAACUGCAUAAUGCAAUAACGCUGUUGCAUGGAUAAGUUUGAUAGCAUAUGCCACUAGUAUUUUCAUAGUACAAGAAGCAGUCACUGGUAUGUAUGGUGGGCUCAAUAACUACCACAAGUAUGCUUUGCUUUUUGGGAAUGAGCGACAUUUAGAAAUAUGUUUCCCUCGGUUAGAUCUCCGUUAUAUCUGUAAUUACAUGUCAUCACUAUUCUUUGCUGAAUUUCGGGUCCUUAUUUGCUUCUUUUUAGGGCUACCCUCACUCCGUAAUGCUGGCGUGAUCAGAGAUUUGCUACAGGAUAUAUCAGUUUGGUGAGUAUGGUUAAUACCUGGUUUUGUUUUGAGACCGAAAGUUGUUUACAAACGCCCAGGUGAGAUAGACCAAGAUCGCACGUAUUUUGAUAGCGGGCCCCUGCAUUGCCGCUGCUUAGUUGAAGAUGCCACAACUUCUAUGAACUUUGACAGGAUUCCCUUUUUUCGAAGCUCGAAUGCCAUCCUAACUAUGGGAUUCGUGGCUGUGGGUUAACGGGAGGCCGGUCUAGUUUAGCUACGCUAGCUAAGCUAGGCGAAAAUAUUGCCGGCUUUGACUCACGACAAGCGUUCGAGGUUUACAAUCGUAGCGUCAGUGUAGUUGCAGUUCCAUGUAGCCGCCUGUGUUGUGUUCUUGUGAUGCCAGUACUCAUGCUUAUUCAUUGGCCAGUUGCUGAUUGUGCCACGGGGCUGCUCAAUCGAGGCUUUAUUGGCC